AUGUCCAAAGCCAACUUUGACAACAGCGAGGAAGAAAGAAAAUCGGUCGCCAACCUUGAAAGCGUGCAAAUCGUGCCUCAGGACUCGGUCAGCGAGCUUUUCGAGGUCGACGACACGCAUCUGAAAAGAACCCUUAAAAGUAGACACAUCGGCAUGAUUGCCCUUGUCAGUGUUUUUGGUACGGGGUUGUUUUUGAGCAGCGGAGGAACACUUGCCAAAACAGGGCCCGUCGGGAUCCUCAUUGCGUACGCCCUUAUUGGAACCAUCGUGGGCCUGAACCAGAUCGCUUUCGCCGAGGUGGCAGCUCUGGCUCCUCUGACGGGAUCCACAAUCAGGCACUCGGAGAUCUUCAUCGACGAGGCCGUCGGCUUUGCGUACGGCUACCUUUCGCUCUGGCAAAACCUUCUUCCAGGAGGCCUGGUUUCUGCAGCCCUUAUCAUCCAGUACUGGAGCAACCUCAGUCCUGCUGUGUGGAUUAGUGUUCUGGCAGUUCCCAUCGCCAUUACGAAUCUGUUUUCGGUCAGAAUAUACGGAGAAGUCGAGUUUGUGUUUGCGCUGCUCAAGAUCUGUCUCAUUGCUAUCCUCGUGCUAGCUGGUCUGGUGCUGGACUUGGGAGGAGUCAAGGGCCAGGAACGACUUGGCUUCCACUAUUGGAAGGACCCUGGCCCUUUUGCAGAGUUCGUCAAGACAGGCAAUAUUGGAAAGUUUAUCGGUUUCUGGGCUGCUCUUUCGUCGGUGGUUUAUUCUUACGGAGGAGUUCAGGGUAUUGCGCUUUUAGCUGGUGAGACUCAAAAUCCACGCACGAAUAUUCCUCGUGCCGCCAAGAGAAUCCUGUACAGAGUCGUUUCUCUUUACAUGGUUGCAGUCUUCGUUUUGAGUCUGAUCGUGCCUUACAACGACAAAAAAAUCGCCGUGAGCGACGGCACAGCAGCGCACUCACCAUACGUGGUUGCAUUCGAAAGAGGAGGCAUCAAGGUGCUUCCCCAUGUGGUCAAUGCACUCACCCUCACCUCUGCGUGGUCCGAGGCCAACGCCGGUAUUGCCAGCUCUGCAAGAGUCCUGUUUUCGCUUGCCGCAAAGAAACAGGCACCUCGACGCUUUUUUAAGACCACCAAGACGCUCAACGUUCCGUUUGUGGGCGUUGCCCUGGCUUUGCUGUUCCUGGCCUUGUCCUAUAUGAGCGUCAACAGCACGGCAGCCACAGUGUUCAGCUGGUUCCAGAACAUCACCUCAUCCAACCUGCUGGUUGGCUGGAUCCUUAUAUCCAUCUGCCACAUCAGAAUGAAUAGGGCCCUGAAAGCCCAGGGAUACAAGAGAUCCGAUCUUCCGUACCACAACAGGUUGGCACCUGCCGGAGCAUGGAUCUCGCUUAUCGCGUCGAUAAUUCUUCUGCUGACUGGUGGAUUCACCACCUUUAUCCACGGGAACUGGCAGACCUCCACGUUUGUGUCUGCUUACUGCUCCCCAAUGCUGUUUGUGCUCUUCUGUCUUGCUUACAAGAUCAUCAAACGCACCCCGCUGAUCGACCUCAAGGACAUCAUCAUUCCAGCCCUGAUGGAGGACUACAAAACUAGACCGGAAAACGACAUUCCUCCAAGGGGCAUACAUAAAUUUCUCUCCCUGUUGUGGAGUUAA